ACAUUGAAUGUAUCACAAGAUCAUGGAUACAUUCCCUGCACAAAGGUUCGAGACAAAAAUUGAAUCGUUUGACACAUGUAUGAUUGAUACUACAAAUUCACAAAGAGAAAUAUCACAGACUGUGAGUGGACAAGCUUCCGCUCGGAGCAUAGAAUUAGAGAAUCAAGAAAGUCAUGAAACCCCUACUUUGCAUCAACAACAGCAAGAACAACAACACCAGCAAGAUCAACCGAAUCAAAUUUCACAAAUUCAAUCAAAUACACAGCAAAGCAUGACGCUCACUCCAAUACGAUUACCAGCCAUUCUGGAUGGGGAAUUUUUUACAGUAAUUAGAGUAGAAGACACCAAUGUCACAGUGAGAUGUUUACAAUGCCAAAAACACUUGAAUGGAAACUUGAAAUCUACCGGAAAUUUUUUAAGCCACAUUAAAAGGGUGCAUCCAUUCAUGAUUGAUAAAAUUAAAUGUAAAUCAAAUCAGAGGAAACCUGCAAUGGUAUAUAUUGAUUUGUCAGCUGAUAAGUGUCCAGAAUUGGUUCGUACAAAACGAGGUUACAGAAAGUGUUAUAAGACAGAGGAAUGCCAGCCAGCAAAUGAAGAAACUUACGAUCAGUCUAAUGAGUGGAGUGAAACUCCCAUAAGUCGAAGACAUAAGUCAGAGGAAGCUGAAUCUACAGAUCUUUUAAAGAUAUCACACAACAACUCAUUUGUAAUGGAAGAUGAGUUUGAUGCGAUUGGGCGGAAUGUAGCAGCAAAACUCAGAAAUAUGAGAUUAGACCAGAGAAUUAUAGCUGAGAAAUUAUUAAAUGACAUUCUCUUUGAAGCACAAUUGGGAAACCUUCACAGAGAUUCCAAUAUACACGUAUGAGACCAAAAUUUUUUUAUCCAAAGAACACCUAUGUGCAAAUGAAUGGUGUGAAUCAAA